GAGAGCUUUAUUUUAGGUCGUAGGAGGAGGAGGAGCUAGGAGAGAGCGCUAGAGAAAAGGCGAAUCAUCGAUGGAAGCCUUGAGCAAGAAUGGUGGCCGGAUGAAUGAAGGAGCGCAGCAGCGCGGCGGCAUUGACAUGUUAGGAAUCCCGCGGCCGCAGCUCCCGCGCGACGCCAGGGGAUCGCUGGAGGUGUUCCAGCCGCAGCAGCAAAGAUCGGGCGAGAGGGAUGCUGGCAUCGCCAUCGGCGUGGCGGAUUCUCGAAAUUUCGGCCGAAGCGGUCGCUAUGGCGCCCAAGAACAGCAGGUUUUCGGCGGGAGGUCUGUGGAGAGCACGCUGGAUUUGGCGACGACGAAUGCCGGGUGGAGGAGAUCGCCGUCUGGCUCGGGUUCCAAGAGUCCAGUUUGCGGCCAUUUCCAAGGGGAUUUUUCCUCCAUCGCCAAGCCGCAGAACGAUCGCGCUGCCGCCGAGCGUGCGGCGGAAUGGGGGCUGGUUCUCAAGGCCGAUGUUGGCUCGGGCAAGAUCCAAGGCGUGGGGGUCCGGAAUAACUCCGGGGACUCCAAGACUAGCGGGAGAAACUCUGGGAGGAGGACUUCGGAGGAGUCUUCCUCGGAUGCUGGCAGCGAGGCCGCGCUUGGGGGUCGGCCUCACAUUCCGAGAGUCUCGGAAGAUUUGAAGGACGCGCUCUCAUCGUUCCAGCAGACGUUCGUAGUGUGCGAUGCGACCGACCCGGAGCUUCCAAUUCUCUAUGCGAGCGCUGGUUUUUUCAGCAUGACGGGAUACACUGCCAAGGAAGUGAUCGGCCGAAACUGUCGAUUCUUGCAAGGUACCGAGACGGAUCCAGUGGAUGUUUCCAAAAUCCGAGUGGCUUUGGAGCAAGGGAAGAGCUUCUGUGGACGGCUGCUAAACUACAAGAAGAAUGGAACGCCAUUUUGGAAUCUCUUGACAAUAGCUCCAAUCAAAGACGAAGAUGGCAAGGUUCUUAAGUACAUCGGGAUGCUGGUUGAGGUGAGCCAGUUUACAGAGGGAUCUAAAGACAAAGCUGUUCGUCCGAAUGGAAUGCCAGAGUCUCUGAUCAAGUACGAUGCUCGACAGAAAGACAGCGUCGUGAGCUCGGUGUCUGAGCUCGUGGAGGUUUUCUCGACGUCGAAGCGAGACCAGUCCAACGACCACGACCGACGAGCUAGUGCUGGCAAGCUUACAGAUGUUCCUGAGGCUAGUCCCGUGAAGGCGAGCAAGAGAACUCGCAGGUCAUCCAGCUUACUGUCCUUUUUGAGGCGACAUGCGAAGGAUUCCGCUGAGAUCGAUCAAUUGACGCUGAAGACUGCCGACAAUGUCGACGACUUUCCUGAGGACUUUCAGAGAAAGAAGGAAAUUCGAAGAGGCAUCGACCUGGCAACCACAUUGGAGCGUAUCGAAAAGAACUUUGUCAUCACUGAUCCCCGUCUCCCCGACAAUCCAAUCAUUUUUGCAUCCGAUUCCUUUUUGGAGCUAACGGAGUACAGCCGAGAGGAAAUUCUGGGAAAAAACUGCAGAUUCUUACAAGGACCCGAUACGAAUCAGGAGACGGUGACUAGAAUUCGGUAUGCCAUUCGGGAUCAGAAAAGCAUCACUGUUCAACUUCUAAACUACACCAAACGGGGGAAGCCUUUCUGGAAUUUGUUUCACUUGCAACCCAUGAGAGACAACAAGGGAGAGUUGCAGUACUUUAUAGGAGUUCAGCUGGAUGGAAGCCAGCAUUUUGACAAAGUUCGCAAGGGGCUUCCUGACAAGGUCGAGCACGAGGGCGUUCAAGUGAUCCAAUCUGCAGCUGGCAACGUGGAUACUGCAGUUCGUGAACUCCCAGAUGCAAAUCAGAAUGUCUUUGAGAUUUGGAGGAAUUACUCAAAAAAAGUGUGUCCCAAGCCUCACAAGGUUCACAGUACUUCCUGGGCAGCCAUAAACAAGGUUGUAAAAAAAGAUGGACUCUUGAACUUACAGCAUUUUCGGCCAGUCAAAGCUCUUGGUUCUGGUGAUACCGGAGGUGUUCAUUUAGUGGAGCUACGAGAAACCGGCCAAUUUUUUGCUAUGAAAGCAAUGGAGAAGUCGAGUAUGCUCAAUCGAAACAAGGUUCAUAGAACACUCAUGGAACGAGACAUUUUGGAUAUGAUGGAUCACCCUUUUCUUCCAACUCUCUAUGGAUCGUUUGAGACUGAGGCACAUGUAUGCUUGAUCACGGAUUUCUGUCCAGGAGGCGAACUCUUUCUUCUUCUAGACAGGCAACCGUCAAAAACAUUCAACGAGCCUACUGUUUGUUUCUAUGCAGCUGAAGUGGUUGUUGCUCUUGAGUAUCUUCAUUGCAGAGGUGUUGUUUACCGAGACCUUAAACCAGAGAACAUACUUGUUCAAAGAAAUGGCCAUCUUUUGCUCACCGAUUUCGAUCUCUCAUUUGUGAGCAACCCGAGAGCUCAGUGUCAGGUUAUAAGACCACCCCCGCCUGCCUCUGAACGACGGAAGAGAAAGAAAGAAGCACCAGUUCCCCCUACGUUUGUCGUGGAGCCUGUUGCAAGAUCAAAUUCUUUCGUUGGCACGGAGGAAUACAUUGCUCCUGAAGUGAUAAAUGGUUCGGGCCACAGCAGUGCCGUGGAUUGGUGGGCUCUUGGAAUUCUCUUGUAUGAGAUGCUCGUUGGAUGGACUCCGUUCCGGGGUAAAAACAGACAGAAAACUUUUCACAACAUUCUCCACAAAGAAUUAAAAUUUCCUAGCACUGUCCAGGUCAGUCCUUCAGCAAAAGAACUAAUCCAUAGACUGCUGCAAAAGGACCCUUCGCAAAGGCUGGGCUCUUCAAUGGGAGCGAACGAGAUCAAACAUCAUCCUUUCUUCACUGGGGUGCGCUGGCCCCUUAUUCGUUGCAAGAGCUGUCCGCGACUAGAUGCUCCACUUACACUGACCGACGACUUUGUCAAAGGAACGUCUACGACAGACGCAUUUGCUGUGUUUUAGAUCAUAACUUGUCGGUAUGUCCUCUAACGAAAACGUCUGUGCAUUAGAUGCCACCUGCACGGAGAAGUUGUAUGAUAACAGUAGAGAGCCAAUACGGUAAUCCGCAAUCGUUCUUCUCAUUCUCCAGUUAAAAA